GAGUAAACAAAUAUUCUAUCAUUUCAAUUUUCACCAGCAAUUGAGCUCCAUAGAACACGAUAAAUUUGGGUUUGUAGAGAUUCUCUCUCUUCAUUCACUGUCAAUUGCGGCUAGGGUUUUAGAGCCUCGUCACUCAUUUCUCCACUCUCUCUCCUCUUCUUGUCCUUCCUCUAUCCCUUUUUUUUUCUUUUCUUUGGUGGAUGUGACAUUUUUUUCCCUGAAAAAUAUUGUGCCGAUCUAAAUCUUUAAUGGAAUCUCAAAAAAAUUAAAUCUUUUUCACUUUUUGUUGGGUUAAUUUGGUGGGUUUUGUAGCAUUUAAUUUUUGCUGAAAAACCCAAUUCAUAUUUUGAAGAAAUGACAACAAUGAACCCUUUUGAUUUGUUGGGUGACAAUGAUAACGAUGACCCAUCUCAGCUUUUAGAGUCUGCAACUGCUCAGUUGCAGAAAAUUGCUGUUAAAAAAACCCCAACUCAGGUUGCUCAACAACCUCAGCAACAGAAAGCUGCAAAGUUGCCCACCAAACCUCUUCCUCCAACUCAAGCUGUCCGGGAGGCAAAGAAUGAUUCCCAGCGCGGAGGGGGCCGCGGAGGAGGUCGCGGUGGUGGCCGUGGGCGUGGUGGAUACAGUAGGGACUACUCAAACAAUGAAAAUGCUUUUAACAGCACUGGAGUAACUGCCAGUCAAGGGGAUGAUGGGGAAAGGGAAAGGCGACCUUAUGCGGGACCUCGUGGCCCUUAUCGUGGUGGUCGCCGAGAUGGGUUCAACAAUGAGGAGGGAAGAGACGGGGAACGCCCGCGUAGAACCUACGAGCGACGAAGUGGGACUGGGCGUGGAAGUGAGAUCAAACGUGAGGGAGCAGGACGUGGAAACUGGGGUGCUGAAUCAGAUGAAGUUGCACCGGUUACUGAGGAAGCUGGAGAACAAAAUGAGAAAAAGUUGAACCCUGAGAAUCUUCCCGUUGUAGAAGAUGCUGCUGAUGGCAUCAAGGAGGGCCAGCCAGAUGAGACUGAAGAGAAGGAACCAGAGGAAAAGGAGAUGACACUUGAAGAGUAUGAGAAGUUGCUGGAAGAGAAGAGGAAGGCUUUAUCAGCACUCAAGGCUGAGGAACGCAAGGUGGAGGUUGACAAAGAUUUCGAGUCCAUGCAACAGCUUAUAAACAAAAAAAAGGAUGAAGACUCAGUUUUCAUCAAAUUGGGUUCUGACAAGGAUAAGAAGAAGGAAGCAGCUGAAAAGGAGAAAGUGAAGAAGUCUGUCAGCAUUAAUGAAUUUCUGAAGCCUGCUGAAGGGGAUAGAUAUGGUGGUCGUGGCAGGGGACGUGGUCGUGGCCCAAGAGGUGGUGGAUAUGGUGGAGGUAAUAGGAUGUUUAGUACGGCUGCUCCAGCAAUCGAAGAUCCAGGGGAGUUCCCAACCCUAGGUGGCAAAUGAGGCUACAUCUUUGAACUUUGGUCUCUAUUUGGGGUUUUACUUGACCCCCUCUGAUUUUAAGUCAUUUGAGUCACAGGAAUGGACUUCCAGCUGUGGGUUUCCUGUACCAAAUCCACUUUUAAGAAAAUUUUAAUGCUUUUUAAAUUUGUAUAUUUAUUCUGUUACCUCUCCUGUUUUUUUCUUUUCAAUUUCCUUUUCUUGUAUUCGAUGUUUUAAUUUAUGGCUUUUAGUUUUUAGGAAGGAGAUAAGGUACGAAAACAGAACGAUGUUGUGCUCAAUUUUGUUAUUGAUAUAGAUUAGUCUUUUUGGUCUA